AUGGUGGAGAGCGCAACAGACGUUUGCUUCUUGGAUGCCCAAGCAAUCACGGAGCAGUUCAAUACCAGUACGGCGCCAGACACUGACUUUGCGUCCGAGGUGUCACCUGACCAGUCAGCGUCGGAAGAAGAUAAGGCGCUAGUGCAGCUCGCUCGCACCUACACAGAGCGCGGUAGCAAAGUAGCUUGGAGUGAGGUGGCCAAGAAGAUGUGA